AUGCUUAUGAAGUUCGUUCUGUUGGCUAUAUGUAUGUCCGGUACUUUAGGACAUCUGAACAGAAGCAAGGGUGAUCGCGAUACUCAACCUCUGGAACAAUUUAUCGGCUCAAGUAAUCCCAAACAGCAAUUGCAAGACCUUGACCUCGAACGUUCAUCUCCAGAAUGGCAGGCACUUGCAAAAUUUGUUCAAAUGAAAAUCGAGGGUAUGGAACGCCUUUUGAGUGUAAAGGAUGAACGGGUCGAUCAACUCGAGAUGUAUGUAACAAGUCAGGGUACUGAAAUAAAGCGGCUGAAACAGGAGGUGACGUCACUGGAACAAGCAAUCAUGCAGAAGGAUGGAAUUGUCGACAGGUUAGUGAAGAUGGUAUCAGACUUGAAAAGGAGUGUCACGUUAGACUAUGUUCAUGGUGAACACGAAUCACGGCAUAUUUCUAGAUCUGAUUUUCUAAUGGCUGAAAGCGAAGACGCUGAACUUGGUAGAAGAACGUCCUACCAUUCUAUACCUGGUGUUGGGAACAUGUCUAGUAAUCAAAAUCGUAGUACAGUGUCGCUCUUCCGUAAAGACAACGAAAAGGGCACCGACCAGCGCCAGAAUCAAUCUGACGAGAAUGUGAGAAAGGUACAAGCUGAGAAUAAUUCGAGACAUUCAUCGAUUUCGACAUUCUCUGGAAACCAUCGGAAAGGAGCCGUGCCAUCUUCUCUUCAGCAAACGAUUGCGUUCCACGUGUUUCUCUCCAGUGACAAAUGGGUUGUAAAUGAUGACGUGGUAGUUUUUGACGAGGUGGCGCUGGACCAUGGAUAUGGAUACAAACCGAGACUCGGGAUCUACGUCGCCCCGGAGUCCGGUACCUAUGUAGUUACCUGGACAAUGCUUUGCUAUGGACAGGAGCUUUUCCGGACUCUCCUUGUGUUGAAUGGAUCCGUGAAAGGAUCCUCAUGGACAGAUGCUAUCCUGACAAAAGAUAUCCAGCAAACUGCAGCUCUCGUCGUUUUGUCAAUGAACCAGGGAGACCAUCUCUUUAUCCGUAUGGGACCUAUCUUCGGAAACGGGACAAUCUUAAGUCGAAACGAUUUAGCAGUAUCUACUUUCUCAGGAUGGAAACUUGACUGA